GAAGUUUGAUCAAAACGUGGCGGCUACACAAAAAUGGGUUCUGAGGGGCUUAUUGGACUUGGUUUAAAAGAAGAAGAUGCGAAACUCCUAAUGCAGUUAUUGGAGUGUGGUUGCAGAAUGAAAACAAUACUAGCCUUCGCUAGCUCAAAACUGCUUAGGCCACUGACUUCUUCGGAAAUCAAGAUACUUCGUAAUCAAGUUUUUCCUGGUUCCAAGGAACUUUCGGACGUACUGGAUGAGAUACGUAAAGAUUCCAUUGUAUUCGUGGAGCAGUGUGACUGUGAGAUUACUCAAGUCUCUUUGUCACACUACGAGCAUAUCGAGUUAUAUAAGCGGUUCCCAGAAGUUCUUAGUUUCAGUGUCACCUACAACGUUAGUCUCGUUGGGCUUACCAUUUUCCAAAUAGCUGUGACAGAUGGUCUUCUGCGUACAAGACCCAUAAUGUUUUCAUUACAUUCCACAGAGCAAACAGAAAAUUUGUGCAUUUUGCUAAAGCAUUUCCGUGAAAUUUUUAAGGAUGUUAGUUCAACUCUGACAGUAGCUGUAGACUGCCCAGUUUCUAGACCAGAGUUAGUGCAAGAAUCCUUUCCAACCGCAAGGAUUGUUUUGAGUUCAUCAUACGUUAGGAAGGUCUUCAAAAGAAAGUUCAAAAAUCCCAUUGCAAACAAUAUUUUUGCUGAAUUGGUGUCUACCUUAUGUCCAAACAAAUUCAAAUGUAAUCUACAAAAGAUGAAGAAAUUGGAUUCUAAGGUUUAUGAUUACAUCACUGAACAUUGGAUCCCUAUAAAAGAAAUGUGGGUGCCAGCGUUCUUACAAGAUGUUGUUACAUUAGGUACGAAAGUUAAUGGUGUAGUAAAAUGUGUUCACCCACAUAUACGAGAAGCACUUAAAAAACAUGACUCUCUGAAAGAUUGCUUGAUAGCUUUACAUAAGGAGGCUAAAAGGAGCUGUAACUUCUUACAAAAUGAGGGAUCUUUUCGCCUUCUCAAACAUAAAAGGUUCAAUGUAGACGAAAAGUUACAUGAAUUUCUCAAUCAACUCACAGAUUACGCUUCUGAUAAAACGUACAACGACAUCGUACGCGAAAGUGACAUCACCAUUGAGCAAGUUGAAGAUGAUUUCAUAUUUUGUUCAGAUGAUGGGAAUUCUUACAGAGUGGAUAGAAAUAAUGGUGUGUGUACUUGUUCACUAAAUUCAGUUGAGCUGCUACCGUGCAGACAUCUCAUAAAAGUCCACUUUUCUGUCGGUUUGCAUACAGGUACACCUUGUAGAUACCCGCGGUGGUCUAGAUCUCAUAAUCUCCAACCACUAUCGACUGCUUUGAAGAGGGAUAAACAAGUUGACGUCAGCAGUGCUAUGGCGAUGGUCAUUGGAAAAUUAAAAAUGCUACAAGACCAGUGUUCACCGACUGUCGUUUUCGAAACCGUCAAUAGAAUAAAUGCCAUUAUCGAAGAAUCGGCCAUCGAAAAUUUAUGUAUAUCUUCCACUUCAUCAGAUCUCUUUUAAAGUAAAUACUAUCUAUUUAUAACAUUUGGACGGCGCUUGAAUCAGUCAUCUAACCGAGUGAUAUCUUUUUUGUUGUAUAAAUAAUAACUGCCUUCAAGCUCACUAGUUUACGAUCGACUAUGUAUUCAAUAAACAUCUAAUCCAUAAAAUGUACAGCACUGAAAAUAAAAAUUUUGUUCAACUGAUACAUCACAUGGGAUAACAAUCUACUCGAAACGAGUCUUUCUUCCAUACAAAGGAAAAAGUAAUAAUUUGAACAGUUCGACAACCAGAUUCACGAUGCAAUACUCAAAUUAUUUCUGUGGAACAUUUUUGUUUAUUUUUAUUUAUCAGAUGUAUAUUUUGAACAAGCUCAUGUUAGCACGGACUGCUCCAUUCUUACUUUUAAUAGCUUUUUUUAAUCGGACUUUCCAAUAGCAUUCAUCUGGAGAAUGCUUACGAAAAGCAUCAAGUGAUACGUUUAAAUUGGAAUUUUCAACUUGAAAUUAUAUGGAUUUAGUGUACCAUUUUUUAUUAUCAACAAGUUGAUUUUACAUUAUUUCUCAACCACAAGUAUUCGUUCUAAAUUAGUAGUCUUCAAAAAUCAUCAAUUUUUACAAAUUUUUUUGUUAGACUUCAAGACUAUAAAUAGCACCUGAGAACAGAUAUAGUUACUUGUAGAUCUGUGGUUGGCAGUCUACAUUACAAGAAUCCUAAUAGAUUCAAUUAAAUAGGCAUGUUUGCAUUUUUAAGUUGUAUUCAUGAGAUAUUUAGUUUAGAAUAAGUACGGAUAAAUAAAGACGUUUAAAAUGGUUUGUCGUUUCAGUUUGUUAUUACAGUUAUCCUUUGGAGUAGCUUCCAGUAAUGUUCAGUAGGUUUAAAUAUAAAAUAAAUGAUUUCGUUUAGAUGUUAGAUACAUUCAACAAAGGCACUUUAAGUCCAUCAUUUUCACUUCUUCAAAAUGCAGUCAUUCGUACUAUAAUUACCAAACAUUUUACUACACUUUGCGUAAAUCCAGCGUGUCUGUACAGGUACGUUCUAAGCAUUCCACAGGUAUAAAUGUCUUUCUGUAUAUAAACUUCUGUUGACUGAUUGAUUCACAUGAAAAAAUACCGUAACUGCUUUCCAUCUAUAUGAUUUCAGUAGCUCAUUCCAUUUAGAUUUUUGUUUGAUUAUAUCUACCUUUUACUAAUGGAAAGUCCAUUCGCCUUUACUUGAACUAUCUGUUGAGCUUCUUACUAAUACUCAUUGCAUGCUAGUAACCUUUUUGAACCCAAUCAACUAUACGCUUAUUUUCCUAACACAACACUAUUUCAUAUCAAAAUAAUAUAUUCGAUAAGCUACUACACACAUUUGCGUAUGUCCUUUGAAGCCAAUUAGUUUAAAUGUAUUUCUUGUCUUAUAAUAUGAAAAUAAGACAAAUAUAUACACUUUAUAAGCUUCAGUUACGAUGAGUCGUUUUUACCGUUAAUACUUAUCGAAAUUUUAUCUCACCUUAAAUUGAUUGCUGUAGUUUCUGAUAAUCUGAAUAUAAAACAUUAGUUCGAAUGUCCUAGUAAAAUAAGUUGAUUGAUUUUUAACAUAAACUCACUAUUAUAAGAUACCACAUACCAAUAGAUAAAUUCUACUAGAAUAACAUUCAAGUAAAGUGUCGUUGUGUUCAAUUAAUGAAUUUAUCUGCAGUUGAUCAACGUUUACCAAAUAGUAAGUUAUCAACAAUCAUGUUGAUAAGAUUGUAACUCAACUACAUAAUAACUACACAGAUUCUUGAAAGAUCCUUUUUAUUUAUAAAAUAUUGAUUUCAAAUGGUAAACAGCGCUCACUUUAAAUUGACCAGUAGAUGAGUGGAUUGUAACAAUAAUGUUUAAAAGUUGUAGUCAAUAAUGUUUUGUUGAUGCAAAAGUAACUUGUAAAAAGUCUUCCAUUUGCCAAGCUGACUAGAAUAAGAUUUUCUUAGUAACAAUAUUAUAAACUUAAUAUAAUCACAAAACAAAUGUCUAACGGUGACUUAACUACGUCCAUAUUAUUAUUAUUCAGUCCUUAUUUGAAAUACUUAUACAUUAUUCACCAGUUUUUUUUGUGACACUAAAUUAUUUGUAUAGGUUCGUGUUGAUUAUGUAAAUAUCCCUUCUGAAAUAUAUUGAAAAUGAUUUGGAAGCA